CGUUCGACCACCACCGUCAUGUACCCUACCUGUCUCGUCACCUUCCUGAUCGCCGCCCUGCUGCCGUUCGCAGCCGCGGAUCAAGUGCAGAGAGAGGGUCAGGAUGACAAUCUGAACCCCCAUAUGGAUGUUGAAGUCCAGAAGAACGACCCUCCCCCCGGUGCAGCCCACUUCACAGACUGUGCCACCCUGUACCCUCUACUCUACUGGACCAGCUCAGUACAGGACGGAGUCUUCCCCAUCAAACCUGCAGCUUCGUCCGACCACUUUGACGUGUUCUGUGACAUGACUACAGAUGGUGGGGGCUGGACUGUCAUACAGAAGAGGUCUGACGGGAGACUCAACUUUGUCAGAAACUGGGCAGAUUAUAAAGAUGGGUUUGGGAGGGUCCAGGGGGAACACUGGCUUGGGCUGGAUAAGAUACGCAACCUGACAUCCCAGAAUAGCUAUGAGCUAUAUGUGGAGUUAGGAGACUGGGAAGACAACUUUGCCCACGCUAAAUACUCUACCUUCAGCAUUGGUGAUGAGAGUUCAGAUUAUACGCUGCACAUUGGGGGGUACAGUGGGGAUGCUGGGGACUCUAUGGAGUACCAUAAUGGGAUGAAAUUCAGUGCUACAGAUAGGGACAACGACGAAAGCAGUACUUAUCACUGUGCCCAGAAGUUUUCAGGAGGCUGGUGGCAUAACAGGUGUGUUUACUCUGCGCUGAACGGUCCCUAUUACCAGCCAGAGAACUAUCAUGGUUCUGACACAGGGUUAGGUGUUUACUGGUCCCAAUGGAAAGGUGGGUACUACUCACUGAAGGCAACCAAGAUGAUGGUGCGGCCUCGUAACUAUAUCCGCAAUCUGUGACUUAAUUGUGGAUCAUCUCUUCAUUCAGAUACAAUGUUAUGAACUCUUAAAUGAAAUA